UACGAAUCAAUCAACUGACUGCAAAUAACUGACUGUCGUUUAAUACACGGUGUGUUGUCGUGUAUAAUAACACACUUGCAUUUUCGUGUUUAGUAUCAAUUUAACCAAUCCGAUCCAUCCAUCCAUCAAAUUAUCUGGAUUGUUAAGCGGCCUGCUGAUAAAAAAGUAACGUGUCAAAAUGAGACCUUUCGAUUUUCAGAACAGAUUUUCCCGAAAUUUGUUAGUGCUCCUUGUUGUGUGCACAUUUAUCGUGGUCAGCGUUAGUAAAAGUAAAAAUAAGGAGAAAGAUAGCAGAGAGUGUAAACGGAAUAAUGGCGACGACGAUGAUGAUGACGACUCGAAGACAUUAUCUGGAGAUAAAUUGCUAAAUUACUUGAGCAGUAAAGGACCUUACCGGUUUGAUGGGAAGAAUGAUAAGCAAGAAGAGUACUUGCCGUUUAAAGAAUGUAAGGCAACAAAAAUUUGGUAUUUCGGGAGACACGGGACACGAAAUCCAGGAAAGAAGGAUACGAUCAGAAUGGAAAAAUUACUUCCUUCAAUUAGGGACAAAAUCGUAUCGGCGCAUGACGCAUGUCAAGGACAACUUUCAAAGAAACAAGUCAAAAAAUUAAAAGAAUGGGCUAUGACGGAAGAUGUGACGCUCGAGAACGAAUCCAACUUGGUCAAACAGGGUGCCAAAGAAUUGAUAGGAAUCGGUAAACGGUACCGGAAACGAUUUCCACAUUUAUUCCACAACGAUUCGUCUCCCAAGAUCCACAUCAAAAGUACAAAGUCUCAACGUACCAUAGCAAGUUCGCUGGCCUUUGCACAAGGUGCUUUUGAUAAGAGUGCGAGUGACGUGUCAGAAACUAUAUUUGAUCCUCCAAUCAAGUCAGACCCAGUGCUUAAGUUUUAUGAAAACUGUCAAAAAUGGGCAGAGCAAGUGGAUGAUAACCCAUCCGCAUAUUCUGAGCUUACCAACUUCGAAUCCUCCACGAUCAUGAACCAUACGAUUUCUCAAGUGUCCGACAAGUUGGGAUUCAUUGAUGAAGGGUUGACAUUGGAAGAGGUCACUAUCAUUUAUACGACAUGUGCUUUUGAGACGGCUUGGAAAAAUGGGAAAGCGUCCGCUUGGUGUGCAGCUUUUUCUAAGGAGGACUUGCAAGUGAUGGCAUAUCGGGAAGAUCUCGAGUACUUCUGGAAAGAUGGGUACGGUCACGAGGUGAACUACGAGCAAGCGUGUGUCCCAAUUCAGGAUCUGUUAGAAUAUUUCAGGAAUAAGACUCAUAUGACUACAGUUAGAGCGUAUUUUUCACAUUCGGGGGCCACAUUAAAAAUGAUUGCGAGACUGGGAUUAUUCGAGGACAAAAUUUCACUGACAAGUGCUGGAUUUCGGGAAGUGAAAAACUCUUACAAAUGGCGAACCAGUCUGAUUGACAUGAUGGGCACGAAUUUAGCAUUUACUUUAUACGAAUGUAAAAACCGACCUGAUCCCGAAAUCGGAUUUUUCUUUCAGGAAAAACCUACCAAGAUUUCUGGCUGUGAUAAUAAAUGGCAUUGCCCUUUUAAUCAGUUCCAAGAUGCACUGUCUAACAAGAUUGGAAACUGUGAUUUUAACAUGACUUGUAGUUUGUGAUUUGAAACAAAAUAAUUUUCCCAAUUAAUAAAUUGAUGCAUAGUAAAACAAAACAAAAAAGACUAAAGUAUUGGUUCCGAAAGUUUUAGUUUUAUUUGUUUCGUUAGCCAGCCACGAUUGAUUGGAUGAUUUUCGUCUGGAAGGAGAAGGUCCGCGAGUAGAAGAGUAUCGAGUAACAUAAGAGGAAGAUAACCAAGC